AUGAUCGGUCCUCUAACCAAAAGUAGACUGUCGAUGCGAAAGUCGGGGUAUGUAACAUCCUGGCCCGCAAUCCUACGGCUUGGUUCUGUAGCGUCACCUCUUAUCUAUCACCAGGUGCCCAUUGGGCGUGUCUUGGGAGACGCCAAUCCAUCACACCCUCACCCUCACUUCUUCUACUUCCUCCAGAAAUAUCUGUUCCUCGUCUGCGACAAUCACCUCUUCAUGGAUGUUGAAACUGGAGACUUGGCACCGAAAUCCAAACUCAGCCACACGCCGAGUCGCGAUGAUGCCCAUUCACUCGAAGAAAUCGGGCAUAUCAACACGCUCUCCAAGAAGUUUGACCUCUGGUCUAUGCUAGCGUUGGCCUUUUGCGUGCUUGGAACAUGGUCGACUUUCGCACAAGGUCUUGCAAGUGGCUUAUCAGCGGGCGGCCCGGUCAGCAUUCUAUGGGGCUUAUGUCUCGUCUUUGCGUGCAACAUAUGCGUUGCUCUCUCUCUCGGCGAGCUCUGCAGUAGCAUGCCUACAGCUCUUGGUCAGGCGUACUGGGUCAAUCGUCUAUGGGACACUCCCUCCGGACGAUUUGGAAGCUACUUGUGCGCAUGGAUCAACACCUUCGGCUGGUGGACUCUCACGGCCUCUCAAGUCGCGUUUAUGACCAACUUCAUUCUUGCCCUCAAGGUCAUGUUCAAAAAUGAAUGGAGCGGAGCCUCUAAAGGCUGGGUGCAAUUCCUUCUCUACCUUGGGAUAACGCUAUUGUUUACGGUGGUGAACUUGACAGCUUGUCGCAGAGAUCGUAUCUUACCGAUAUUCAACAGCUUCGUUGGCGUUUGGUUCGUCGGACUCUUUUUCAUCUUCUCGCUGGCCUUGUUGAUCUCCGUCGGUACCAAGAGCGGCCUGCAGUUCCAGCCGGCGUCGUUCGUCUUCGGUACCUGGCUAAAUCAAACAGGCUGGAAUGAUGGCGUCACUUGGUUCUUAGGUCUUCUGCAGGGCGCGUACGGUCUCACAGCAUUUGAUGCCGUUAUUCAUAUGGUGGAAGAACUACCAUCUCCCAGGACGAACGGUCCCAAGGUUAUCUGGCUGGCAGUUCUUUGCGGGGCCAUCUCUGGGUUCCUCUUCAUGGUCGUUUGCCUGUUCUGCAUUCAGGACUUGAAGGAUGUGCUCGACGGUCCGACUGGUCUUCCUUUCGUGGAUUUGAUGAAACAGACGGUUGGUCUUCAAGGCGGAUGUGCUUUGCUAUCCCUCUUCGUCUUCAAUGGCUUGAGUCAAGGCGUGAGCAUCGCUACAUCCGGCAGCAGGCUGACGUGGGGCUUUGCAAGAGAUGGCGGCAUCCCAUGGAGCACAUACUUCUCUCACGUGGAUCCGGUGUGGAGGGUUCCGGUACGAGCGCUGUGGCUACAAGGCGGCAUCAUCGGCCUUGUCGGAAUCCUCUAUCUCUUCGCCAACAAUGUUUUGAGCGCCGUCCUCGCCGUCUGUACCAUUGCGUUAACAAUAUCAUACGGCAUGCCCAUCCUCACGCUGCUCCUGGUCGGUCGCGACAAGCUACCUGCAGGCGGAGAAUUCCACCUGGGCAAAUUCGGUCCCGUCAUCAACUGGGUCAGUGUGAUUUAUUGCAGCGUUACAACAGUAUUCUUCUUCUUUCCCAGCGAGCCGGCCCCUGCUGUGGCAGAUAUGAACUACGCGAUAGCGGUCUUCGCAGUCAUGAUUGUGGUAGCCCUCGGCUUCUGGCUAGUCACCGGACGCAAGACGUACUUGAAAACGAACGACGCUGCGAUGAGGCUAGAAAUGGCAAGAAGGCUGGAGAUAGACCCGAUCUCCACCACUGUGUUGACGAAAGAUAUCUGA